AUGUCGUCAGCACCUCCUCAAGCCAAUGAAAUGCACCAUUUCGAGCCAUCAGUCGAGCCAAUGCACGCGAAAUCAGCAGCUGAGCAGAAUGCGUUUUUGUCCAUGCUGAAAAAGGAUCACAAAUCUCAUCGUGCAAUCGCAGACAACUAUUUGAACUUCUGGGACGCAAACGAUGGAAAAGCAAGAGAGAACACCGAUGACGAGAGAGACGGCAGAAUAAGCAAUUACUAUGAUCUUGCGACCGACAUCUAUGAAGAAGCAUGGGCUCAAUCAUUCCAUCUCUGUCGGUUCGCAAUUGGCGAGCCAUUUCGGCAGGCUCUAGCACGACACGAGCACUAUUUGGCAUAUCUCAUGGGCUUAAAACGAGACAUGCACGUGUUGGAUGUUGGUUGUGGUGUCGGAGGUCCAGCAAGGGAGAUGGCAACUUUUACGGGAUGCACCGUUGUUGGAUUGAACAACAAUGGAUAUCAGGUCCAGCGUGCGACCCUGCAUUCUCAACGGCAAGGCCUUAGCACCAAAGUUUCUUUCGUCAAGGGGGACUUCAUGAACAUUGACUUCCCUGAGAAUUCUUUCGACGCCGUCUAUGCCAUCGAGGCGACCGUGCAUGCUCCCUCCCUCCAAGGCGCCUACGAGCAGGUUUACAAUGUUCUCAAACCAGGCGGUGCAUUUGGCGUCUAUGAAUGGGUCAUGACUGACAAAUAUGACGACUCCGAUCCCCGUCAUCGUGCCAUGCGUCUCGGAAUCGAACGCGGGAACGGUAUAGCGAGUAUGAUGACACGCCAGCACGCCGUGAGCGCCAUCAAAGCCGCGGGAUUCCUACUAGAAUACGAGGAAGAUCUGGCUGCUCAUCCGGACGAAAUUCCAUGGUACGCACCCCUUGCAGGAGAGUUUCGCGCUGGGGGUACGCUCUGGGAGCGUUUGACUGCGCUGAGGUUGACUUGGAUGGGGCGAAUGGCGAUGAGUACGUUGGUCGGGGUGCUAGAAGGUGUGCGUUUGGCUCCUCCUGGGACGUUAGAUACUUUGAAAGUGCUUUCACAGGGGGCAGAAGCCCUGGUGGCUGGUGGGAGAGAAGGGUUGUUCACUCCAAUGUACUUAAUGGUGGCAAGGAAGCCUACCCAGCGAGUCAGCGGCAAAGGGCAAUGA